UCACCAACAAUUCCCGUGUUCCUCCGUCUGCUCCUCAGUCAGUCAUUGUGAGUAACGCUGGCGUGCUGUGUGUAUCGUGCACUCUGGAUUGAUAGCUGAUAUGGAUUAUGCGGCAUUGAUGAUACGAAUCACGUGUGCUUGUGGUGAUGUACGAGUUGGAUUUAUGCACCAUCGUUGAAUUUGGAUACGUCUAAGCUCUUUUCGUCUCUUAGCACCGGCCAAUUCGGGAGACCACCCAUGGGCUUUGCCACAGAGCUGCAGGGAUGGACGUCCCAUGACGCACUCAUUUCGGUGCAAGAUGCUGAGCUCCGGCUUUUGGAAAACAUGCGGCGAUGCAUUAUACAGAGGGUCAAGUGUGAUAGGGAAUAUUCCGUCGCUCUCAACUCUGUCUACAUUCAAGCAUCGAAGGUCGAUACGGCAGAUGAGCUCUCUGGAAGCCUGAUUGCCAAGGCCUGGAACACGAUCAUAGACAGCACGGAAGCAAUAAGCAAGCUAGUCAAGCAAAAUGCUGACCAGUUGGCAACUCAUACACUUGAUAUGCUUGGCUGCCUCAUCUUGGAGAAGCGUGCACUCAAGAAAGUCUAUCUGGACGAACACCAAAGAAUACACGGGGAGCUGACAAGGCUCAGAGAUGCUGUUCUAAAAAGCACGUCAGACUACGAGAAGUGCCUUGAGAACGCCACUCAAGCCAAAGAAAAAUAUGAGGACCAGUUUGUCAAAGGAAGGGGAAAUCGAAAAGUUGAAGAAGCAAAAGACCGGUACAUAAAAGCAUCCAGGAAACUCCAUCAGACACACAAUGACUACGUUCUGCUCCUGAACGAGGCCAUGAACUACGAGAAGCAUCUGCGUACAGAACUGCUUCCAAACUUGCUUCAGUAUCAGCAAACAGUCCUUCAAGAAGCCAUUGACACUUGGCAAACCAUCACAAAGGACUUCUGUCUGCGCACAAGCUUCUGUACGGAACCUUUCCAAGUCAUUCACACCAGGUUAAUGGGAAGCAUAGAGGCAAUCAAAAGCGAAAUGGAAUAUGAAGACUUCAUAGAGAAGUACAAGUCAAAACCAAUUCCGUCCAUUGACUUCCACUAUGAUGAAUCGUUGCUCAACAACUACAAUGGCAAACUGAAAGCUGAUCAAAUCGCUGUGGAUGACUUCACAAUCGAUGUUGUAAGAGAAAGAGUCGACGAGAUUCAAAAGAAGUUAACACAGGUGCAACUGGCAAUCCAGGAGAAGGAUAUGCAGAUUGGGCAAUUCCAGGUGGAGGUGUCUGAGAUCAAGACUACACCGGCAUUGGGCUCUGCGGCUAUGGUGAAAAAGCGUGCUGUGGAUAUCCUGCGGAGAGAAAGAGAAGAACUGGCUUGUCAAGAAUUCAGGCUGAAAAGUCAACUGGAUCUCCUCAUGAAGCCCCUUUCUGCCGUCAGCAGUGACAUUCCCAGGGGACUUGACUUGGAUAUCGGCACAAAUGGAGACACGCCUCACUGUAAAGAUGAAGAUAUUAUGGAUUUCACAAUGAUCAGCAAAAUUGCUGCGAGGCACUUCGUGGACAAGAUAAAAAGUCCCUUCCUAAAGAAACAGGCCACACCAAUUCAGCAGUCCAAGGACUUGCAGGAAUGCAUCAACUCCAAUAACUUGUUUGAAGACAGCACUAACAACGGCCAACAACCUUACAGUCGUCAGAUGAUAGUGAACCCAAAUGUAUCCCUGCAAGAUGAAGACUGGUUUCAUGGUGUCCUUCCAAGAGAAGAGGUAGUCAGAUUGUUAGUGGAGGACGGAGACUACUUAGUGCGUGAGACUAUGAGAAAUGAGGAGAAACAAGUAGUGCUGUCCGUCUGCUGGCAAGGCCACAAGCACUUUAUCGUGCAGACUACUUCAGACGGCAAGUACAGGUUUGAAGGCCCUGCAUUCAAUACAGUACAGGAGCUCAUUGUGUACCAACAUCACCUGGGACUGCCUGUGACAAGCAAGUCGGGAGCAAUCUUACAAAAUCCCAUCUUCAGGGAGCGCUGGGAGCUCAACAACGAUGAUGUUCAACUUGUGGAAAAGAUAGGGAGGGGAAACUUUGGAGAUGUGUACAGGGCCAUACUUCAUCCACAAACUGUAGAGGUCGCUGUUAAGACAUGUCGUGUUAGCCUCCCAGAUGACCACAAGAAGAAAUUUCUGCAGGAAGGAAGAAUACUGAAGCAGUAUGAUCAUCCAAACAUCGUUAAGUUCAUAGGCAUAUGUGUUCAGAAGCAGCCCAUCAUGAUCGUCAUGGAGCUUGUGCCCGGAGGUUCACUACUUGCAUUUUUGAGGAGCCAGGGGCCUCGUUUGAACACCAAGCACUUACUUAAUAUGUGCAUUGACUCGGCUGCUGGCAUGGCAUACUUGGAAAGCAAGAACUGCAUUCACAGGGAUCUGGCAGCAAGAAACUGCUUAGUAGGCCACAGCAACAUUGUCAAGAUAUCAGACUUUGGUAUGUCAAGAGAAGAGGAGGAGUACAUUGUCUCAGAUGGCAUGAAGCAAAUUCCUAUCAAGUGGACUGCUCCAGAAGCACUUAAUUUUGGGAAAUACACAUCAAUGUGCGACGUAUGGAGCUAUGGUAUUCUAGCCUGGGAGAUAUUUUCCAUGGGGGCAUCUCCGUACUGUGGAAUGUCAAACAGCAGGGCUCGGGAACUCAUAGAUACUGGGUACCGAUUACCGUCGCCUGACCACACCCCACAAGGAACGUAUGAGCUCAUGCUUCGCUGCUGGGAGUAUAACCCGGACAAGAGGCCCAAUUUCCAGCAAAUCCACUCCAUACUUGUGAAUAUCAGCAAAUCUUUGUGACAGUGUGUUUAAGGAUAUGCCAUAAUUCUAAUUGUGCCUUGACAUCUUCCCAGUGAUUUCUCUUGUUGUAUUCAAGUUAUGCCUGUACAUACAAGUUAUUAUUAAGUCAAUGCAAGGAUGGCUGUCAAAGCAAAAAUACUCUGUUGGAAGGGGAUUGUAUUGUGAUGCAACUGUACAUUUUGUAAGCAUUUACCACUUUAAGAGUUGAUUGACUGGUGUUUCAAGUUUUUAACUAUACAUGUGCUUCUCAGGACAUCUCCGAUAAGAAGUGCCAUAUACUUUUAAGAUGUGAUAAUAAAGCCUAAUACAUAAG